AUUUCCAAAUCAGGCAGCAGAAUGCUGUCCAUGACCUACAGCGAGAGCCUGAGAAGCGUGGCCAGCCGGUACCACUCGGACUGGGGUCUCCACCAGGUUCGCCCCACGGACGUGGUGGAGCUGCAGCGCCUGCGAGAUGUCCGAGUGGCAGCACAGGCCAAAACCAUGGAAGAGUUUCUCAGAAUGCACGGGCUCUCACUGGACGAGUGCACAGCGCGCCGAACGGGCAUGAGGUAUAGAAAUCUUGGGAAAUCGGGGUUGCGAGUGUCCUGCCUUGGCCUAGGAACAUGGGUGACAUUCGGAGGGCAGAUUACAGAUGAGAUGGCAGAGCAGCUGAUGACUUUAGCGUACGACAAUGGCAUUAACCUGUUUGACACAGCAGAGGUCUACGCUGCCGGGAAGGCUGAAGUGGUGUUGGGAAAUAUUAUUAAGAAGAAAGGUUGGAGGCGCUCCAGCCUGGUCAUCACCACCAAAAUCUUCUGGGGAGGAAAAGCAGAGACUGAGAGGGGAUUGUCCAGAAAACACAUCAUAGAAGGGCUGAAGGCUUCUUUGGAACGGCUGCAGCUGGAGUACGUGGAUGUCGUGUUCGCUAACAGACCCGAUCCCAACACGCCCAUGGAAGGGGACCCAUUUAGUUCUUCCAAGUCAAGAACAUUCAUCAUAGAAGAGACGGUGCGAGCAAUGACCCACGUUAUCAACCAGGGAAUGGCUAUGUACUGGGGGACGUCGCGCUGGAGCUCCAUGGAGAUCAUGGAGGCCUAUUCGGUGGCGCGGCAGUUUAACCUCAUCCCGCCGAUUUGCGAGCAAGCCGAGUACCACAUGUUCCAGAGGGAAAAGGUGGAGGUGCAGCUCCCGGAGCUCUUUCACAAGAUAGGGGUCGGCGCCAUGACCUGGUCUCCUCUGGCAUGUGGAAUCGUGUCUGGAAAAUACGACGGGGGGAUCCCCCCUUACUCGAGAGCCUCGCUGAAGGGCUACCAGUGGCUCAAGGACAAGAUCCUGAGUGAAGAGGGAAGGAGGCAGCAGGCCAAGCUGAAGGAGCUGCAAGCCAUCGCGGAGCGCCUGGGCUGCCCCCUGCCGCAGCUCGCCAUCGGUAAGCGCACGCCGAGGGUAGCGCGCGGCCCAGCUGUGCCGCAGACGAAUGGUCCCCUGCAUACUCAGUUCCUUGCUGACUUGCUUUCUGAUUUUGUUUCUUGCAUCCAGGUUCUUCCAAAACUGUCCUCUUCCAUUAUCCACGAGAUCGAUAGUAUUUUGGGCAAUAAGCCAUACAGCAAAAAGGACUACAGAUCCUAACUGUGCGUACUGUCCCUCCGGACUCACACUUAACUCCUAGUCUUCUAUUUGCUUGCUUAAGCUUUACCGAAGCAAAGUGAAGAUUGUGAUUUGCAUCAAAAGAAUACAACAUGUCAAGAUGUCCUAGAGAAAUUGUUUAAAACGUUGCUGCAAGACAACAUAUGCUUAUUAUGUAACGAUUAUUUUGAAUGCAAACAAGUCACAGAUUGGAAGAGCUGUGAUUCUCCCCUAGACGAUUUGCCUCUGUGCUUUUGUUUUUAAAAGAAGAAACUAGGUUUUUCUCUCUCACUCACAGAAUAUCGCUGCUUCUCCUUCCUUCCGGCUCCUGCGCCAUUUAACUGGAAGAAUUCUCGUCUCUGUUCCCAAAGCAACGCUGGCCUUCCAGUGACCUGGCUACUGUGCGGGACUGUCGGUGGUAGCCAUCUAGGCAUGCUAGAAACAGCUGUUUCGGGACAACCGGGUACAUCUCCCAACGGGGUCUGUUCGUUGGUUCGCUCUGUAUGUGUUUGCAUACUUCAGAAAGAGACGAUCUUCUCCAUGUAAAGUGAAUCGGCUGGGUUGUUGGCAGGCAGCUGUGAGAAUUCACGCGCCACGAUUCUGUCGCUUUCCCGCGGCCUGCUCUGGGGCAGGUGGUGUUUGUCAGGGUGCUGGUGCCUCAUGUGAACCUUCCAAGAGGGUGUUGCUAUUCACACAAGGCCUAAGUCCACUCGGGGCCAGUCGACCUGUUCAGAGAGAGAGAGAGAGAGAGCCAGCCCCCUAUGUCCCCAACCCAAGCGCCUGUUGGCCUCCCAGGAGUUUUGCUGUGGACUGAGUGUAGGAUGCAGUUAGUGAUGUGGAGCAGAAACGGCGCAUGGACCUUUCUGCCUGUUAGAGAGAAAAGCGCUAGCCCGGGGUGCGCUUCCAACCCAAGCGUCUUGCUGGCUUCCUUUCUUCCUCUGCAAGGCGUUCAGUUCCAGGCUGUCGUGUUAAGCUCCAGAUCAGCGGUCAGUGUUUAGUACGAGCAUUGUGUUCACUUCGAGUUGAGCUGCUUGUAUGAAAGAGAGCAGAGACCAUCAGUGAAUCCAGGGAACAUUCAGCGUUAAGUUUAGAUGCUUGAUUUCCGGCCCACCCAGCAUCGGUGAGCUGUCGUAAGCAACCUCUUGCAUUCCCCGAGCCCACCCGUGCUGUAAAAGGAGGAGGGCAGGUGGGGGUUAGUUACGUGUGGUCAGAGGACAGUCAUGGGGCUGUUACCGGCUGCACACAAGAAAUGAUGAUAACGAGCAAGUGAAUUCUAGUUCCGAGAGGACGGCGGACGUGGGUUGUGUCUGAGCGAUGACCGGGCCCGUGGCCAGGCAGUAACGCAGAUGUUGUCUCACACAUUCUGAGAAUCUUUUUGCCUUUGCAAACAAAAAAAAUAGUUUUUGUAUGUUACAAAAUAAUCGUUCUUGUUUCGGGUGCCCGGUUUGGGUGGGCUGCCACCCCCUACGGUAACGACGCUCCCCUCCAUUUGCAGGCUGCUUUUGUAGGGACUUGGUCUCACUUGCCAGAGUAGUGACUUUGGUAGAUUGCUCUUAGCUGCUCAGAUAAGUAUUUCCCUCUGUGCUAGCUAUGCAGAGGUGUUACCGGUGAAACAAGUGCUGGCCCCCGUUUCCAUUACAGAUUAAGCUCAUCGUAAAAGAGAGGGGAGUUUUUCAGGGAUUUAGACUAAUUGACACAAUGUCGUGGAACCACCGAGUCAUCUUGAUAUAACAGUCGUCAAAUACGUAUUCAUCUCAUGUCCCAAAAUCAUAGCAUUGCUGGUGCUGUUAACAGCUGUCACUUUCCACCCCAGAGGUGGCUGCAUUUCAGUGGUAGAUAUAGGGAGCCCUUUUAGAUGCUUUUGCAAAUCAGAUACUGUAGUCACACUAGGGCAACGUCUACACUGGCAUGAUUUUCCGAUAAUGCUUUUAACGGAAAAGUUUUCCGUUAAAAGC